AUGGAGAUCAAGGAGAAGGUCGAAUUCCUCCUAGAACAGAUGCGAUUGUCUGUUGCCCGCGCUGAUUAUAUCCGAGCCGCAAUUAUUUCUAACAAAAUUAGCACAAAGUUCUUCAACAGCGACAAAGAGGAUGUUCAAGACUUGAAAAUUCGUUUCUAUAACUUGAUGAUUACUAUUGGACUUCAAGACUCGAAAUACUUGGAUGUUUGCAGACACUACAGAGCACUUUUUGACACUCCUAAAAUUGCGGCCGAUACUGAGAAGUCUCGAUUAGUUCUGAAGUGUGCUGUUAUUUACUGUCUGUUGGCUCCGCAUACAAAUGAGCAGUGGGAUCUCCUGAAUCGCAUCUCUUUGCUUCGAGAACUAGAACUUGUUCCGGAACGUUUGUUGGAACUAUUCAUCAAUCAAGAAUUGAUUUCCUGGAAAAAUGUCAUUGUACGAGUUUACGAGAAGACGUUGAAGAAAGCACCAAAUGGAACCGGAAUUUUCGAUGGAAAGGAUGGAGAAAAGCGAUGGAAGGACCUACACAUGAGAGUUGGAGAACAUAAUAUGCGUAUGAUCUCGAAGUACUACACCCAGAUCACUUUCGAUCGUCUAGCAGAAUUACUCGAUUUCCCACUCAAUGACAUGGAGUCAUUCCUGUGCAACCUAAUUGUGACUGGUGCAAUUUCUGAUGCCAAGAUCCACCGCCCGUCUAGAGUUGUGAACCUGCGAGCACGUAAAGCCAACCUUGAACAACUGGACCAAUGGGCAAGCAAUGUUCAGAAGCUUACUGAGACUUUGAACAAGGUGUCUCACUUGAUCCUGAAAGAACAGAUGGUGCAUCGAAAUUUGGAAGCGAUGCAGAUCAACUGA